GAAGAGAAAGUUGGGUAGAUCAUGAGGAAAUUGAAAUUCGCAGGACAUGCAAUAUUCUUUUUGGAUAUAUGGAUCAUUCUCAUAACACUUACAGCGUUAGCCAUCAUUAAUUAAACUUUAACGAAAGGAGAACUACAUGAACUUAACGUCCGCAGGUUCCGACCUGAGGAUGCUCUGCUAAAUCUUUGAGCAUAUAUAAGUGUACUCUUUUCUCGUCUCCUUCCAAUCACCAUCUUUAUCAAACUGUACAUACUCACUCUACCAUCAUGAUCAUCAUUACAAUUCUUUCCUUUCUAUAUCUGGCAUUACCAGCGAGAUCAGCAACCGGCCAAGCAUCAAACUUCAAUGUCAGCAUAGUUGAGCUCCAAUCAUAUGGGUGUAAUGCGUCCUGUCAAGCAAUCCUAUCCAUAUCUAAUACUGCCGACCUCGAAACCGUCGGUACAGAAUUCGACUUUGAUUUCUACAGUACAGCAAACAAUUUCUCUUCCUCUGCUCCAGGCGACCUUCUAAAACUGCAACCAGUCGAUAGCUCUGCCCUGAGCAUACCCGAUGGCACUGCAACUUUUCGAUUUCAGUAUACUUCCAUAGACUUAGAUGGUAGUAUCGUACCAUCGAGUGGCUUCAUAGCAUUUCCUUUUGCCUCACCAGCAAAUGGGAGUCAGUUUCCCCUUGUCGCCUAUGCCCACGGUACACUUGGUGUUCAUCGAGGAUGCGCGCCAUCAUCUUCCCCAAGUCUUUUCAACUAUAAUAGCUGGGCUCAAUUGUUGUAUAGUGGCUAUGCUGUUGUAGCCACCGAUUACGCCGGUCUCGGCAACAACCAUACCUUACACAAAUACAGUGCUUACACGGCUCAUGCCAAUGAUGUACUCUAUUCCAUCCAGGCAGCUCGGAAAGCAUUUCCCGGUGUGUUCACAAAAGAAUGGGCGAGUUUGGGGCAUUCUCAAGGUGGUGGCGCCGUGUGGAAGCUAUCGGAGCACCCUCUUAUACAAAACCAUACCUCUGGAUAUCUUGGAACAGUUGCCAUAUCUCCCGGAUCCAAGAUUUUUGACAUGGCGGUCGAGACCUUCGAACGCAUAGUCCCUCGUCCUGAUUUUCAUCAGUUUGUCGUUACUGCCGAAUUGGGCCAAGUUAUUUACGGCCUCAAAGCAAUCUUUCCCAAUUACACGUCGCCAUUUUUGGCCUAUGGGAUGAACAAGCGGGUGGAGUUGGCCAAUAUAAUGCAGUCUUGUACUUUGGCUUUCAUGGGCCUCUCCCUAGACUUGCCACGGGACCAGUUCGUAGUCGCUAAUGGAACACCUGCGAAUGAUGAACUUUUCAAAAAAUUUCAGGAUAUGAACGCCCCAGCACAAGGUGAUCGAGCUUCGAAGCCAAUAUUGAUCAUUCAGGGAUGGAACGAUACUUCGGUUCUCCCUGAAAGCACCUUGACGUCAUUCCAGGAAACCGUGAAAGCAGGCAAUGUUGCGCAUUUGGUUAGAUACCCGGGACUGGACCACUCUGCGACAAUCACAGCUUCUACUCCUUUGUGGUUGAAAUAUCUAGCUGAGCUGUUUGCUCAUAAGAAGCAAUCUCGCAAGUCGUCGGAUACCACGAUUGUGCCAUUCAAUUUGGACGUGGCCAAAACCCCAUUAGAGCUUCCUCUCAACGAGGAACCUCUGUUGAGCUUACUGGGAGGGGGUGAAUGAUAGAAAAUCAUGCUGACGAGGAGAAUGUUUACAAGAGUGUCACCCGUUUGAGUAAGAACUUUAAUGGCUCGCAAAGUUCGUGGCGCUCUUGACAGCUUCUAUCCAUGCGCUUUAGAAAAUUUGAGUUUAGACUUUUAGUGCGCAGGCAAACCCGUCGAAGAUUUUGUAGAUAUAAAUUGAAUCUGAAUAACUUUAUUUUUACA